AUGACAACCACGCAUGCUGGUUCUCUGGCCAGUGGAAUCUUCGUCAUCAAUAGGACGAAAAUCUUGAUAAUUGUCUCUCUCGCCAUAACCUGGACAAUCGCAAGUCUGCUGCCCGCAUACAAGCAGACGGUCAAGGACAUUGCGAAAGAGAAAUAUCACGAUGCGAUUGAGCAUUUGCCAGCAGUGAAGGUCGACUGGCACCCGCAGUACGACCCUAAAGCCCAAUUUAACGCCUCGAAAGUCGCCCUUCUCAUCGAAGGCCGCCCGAUUCCUCACCUCGUACCACAACUUCUACAUAUGAUUGCUGUCGUUCCCCCGGAUUGGAGAUUUGUGUUCAUUGGGACAAAUAAGAGCGUCAUCAGUGUCUCUCGCAGCUUUGCGACGCAAUACCAGGAGGCAAACGGGAAGCUGGAUUUGGUGAUACUGCCAAAACCAUGGAAGAUUGAUUCGAAGGAGGACGUGUAUCGCAUGCUGACGGACAUACGGUUCUACGAUGAAUUUUUACCGGAGGUGGAAUGGCUGCUGAAGUUUGAAUCGGACAGCAUUAUGUGCGCCAGGUCUGAUGACAGCCUGAACGAUUGGUUGCAUUACAGCUGGGCAGGAGCUCCAAGGACCGCGGACGAUAGAUUCGCAGGGAAUGGAGGACUUUCACUUCGCAGAGUUUCGUCAGUCAGGAAGAUACUAGGGUUUCAAUCACGAUACAACGACACAGAACCGGAGGAUGAGUGGUUUGGCAAGCGAAUUACAGUAUUGCCAGGAGCAAAGGUGGCCAACGGAAAACAAGAAGAUCACUUUUCAGUCGAGGAUGUAUGGCACGAGAAGCCCAUGGGAUAUCAUGUCAGAGAGGGGGGAGAGGGCCUUUCAGAUGAUGUAUGGAAGAAUCCAGACCGGAGGAAAGGCAACUUCGACUACUGCCCCGAAUUAGCCAUGAUCAUGCCAAUGAAACUCGAACGAGAAAGAUGCGAAGGUGACAACCGCGAAGGAGAAAUCAUCGAAGACCCCAACGCAAAAAAGGAGGGAGAGGAAUGA